AUGUCUGGAAUUAACUCAUGUACUCUUAUCGAGUCGGUCCUCCUACGAGCGCCUCUAUUUGAGCACCAAACCGACCCUACGGACUUCCUGUUCAUACGCUGUCAGGAGACUGUGGCUGCUAGCAAGGGCAGAGGUCACAAUGUUAAAAGGUCGAGAAAGCAGCAGCAGCAGACAGACAAUACUACGAAGUACAUUAAUAUUAUACGACCACUACAGCGGCUCGUUUGCAUGGGCCAAGCUGAGCCGUUGGUGAAGGUGGACCCCCCACUACCAGCUAAGAUCAAUCCUCUUAUGCGGUCGAGGAUUGUGCUGGAGACCCGCAAGUCCUUCCGGCAUUAUCGUCGGCCCCUAAGACCUGACGAUGUGGUUCGAAUGUUUGGGCAUGCCAACAAGAGGACUACUCUGGAGCGCUUCAUAGCGGCGGCGAAUCAUGAGCUCCAGGUCCGUCCCGGCCAGCCGAUGCCUCAGUUGGAUCCUUCGGCUGAGAUGAGUUUGGUAGAGUCAUGCAAGAUGGACUCCAUGCUCGAGGGCAUUCGGCGUCUCUGUGAGAGAGGAGUCACCAAGCUGGUGACGGGGGAUCGGAUACGGCAGGCUGUGCGAGAGAUAGAGACCCACGAGUCGAGUAUGAGCAGUAGGUCUAAGGAUGAACGGGUCCGGUAUGAUGCCAUGCAAGUCGAAGCUGAGCUGAAGACGACGCCGUGGAGUCUCAGUAACGACUACUGGGAGGUCGUUGAGGGCGGCAAGCGUGGGGCCUUUUUUGAGUUCUCGCACUUGGGUGACCCAAGCGGGGGUCGAGGAGAAGGGGUUAGCUAUGUACGGCAGCAGAGAUCAGUGGAUGCAGCUUUGGGGGCAGGAGGCGUUGCUAGCGGUCAGAGGCUGAGUCAAAAGCUGGGGGACCUUCGAGCAAAGAGUGCCAAAGAGCUGAGGCAGGAUAUGCGCAAGUUGGGUACGCCGGAAGCUCAGUUGGCUGGGCUUGGUCGCUGGGAGCUGGUCCGGCAACUGUCCGUCCUCUUGCGAGGUGGUGAAGAUGCGGAUGUCGCUCUAGCAGCAGCAGCGAGCAAUGAGUUGCCAGCCAAGAGGAAGCAGUUGCAUAGCGAGCGGUUGGCGACGGCUUGGCGUAAACAGUAUAAGGCAUUGUCGAGGGAGGACAGGGACUUCAGUGAUGUUGAUUCUGAUGAUGACGACGCCAAUGAAGCUGACAUGUCUAAAGUUGGCGAGGACAAGGCCCCAAUAGAUUCCCUAGAGGACGAUCUGUUGGCGGAUCUGAUGGACUCCUCACCGAAGCAGGAGCAGGUGGCUGCUGACUCUGGCGAGGAGAUCGUACCGAGGCUGAAAAUAGUGACCACUGGGCGAGAGAAGGUCACUGGUGCGCCGUGGACCAGGGUCCAGUAUGUGUAUGGCCGGCAUAAUAUUGAUAUCUAUAAACGGUGGAAGAUGAUUGACAAUGUUGACUCAGCGGCUCUGAAGGAGGUCAUCUCGUUGAACGACUCGAGUGGGUGGUGGUGGCAGUAA